AUGGAAUCAGUCGUGUACGAUGCUGGUUAUCAGCACGUAGAGCUAGAUGAUCUAGAUGACCUAGAAGGUCACAUCUUCACGAAUGAAUUCGGAGAGGACAAACCCGAACCAGCCCUGCCAUUGUUACCGGAAUCUCAUCAACUCACGUCAUUUACAUUCACCAUCCUGAGCCUACUUGGAGAUCGAGUUCCUCAAGACUGCACUCCUAAGAAAUCAGGUCGGCAUCGAGAUGAAAAGAGACCGCACUUCUGGUGGUCAAAUGGUUGCUUCAGGGAAGCGCGAUUCGAAUACAAGAACGGGGACGGCAAGAAGAGCUUCAUUCAGGAAGACUUUGAUGAGAUGGAAGUAAUUCUACGAUCCAUAAUCUGUCGUUAUGCAAUCAGCAUCCAAGAUCAUGUUGCAUUAAUGCGUCACAUAGACAGAGUAACUCCAGAGGCGUACUUUGGACUCUGCAAGCUUGCUAUCGACCAAGGCAACGUUUGGGCCUGCAAAUGCCUACUACUCCGUCGUUUGCCAGAAGAGAUCGGUCCUGCGAGCAGGCUAUCAGCACUUUUCGAAUACGCUGCGCUACGCGGAUCCUUGGAUGUCAUGAAGAAGCUUCACAAGAUGGGCAUCAACGUUGAAGGGGAUAAACAGACUCACCCACUUAGCGCAGCUGUGGCAAGCGGAUCUAUUGACGCAGUGAAGCUUCUAUACGAAUGGGGUGCGACGCUAACUCGAAAGAAUUGCAAGUCAAUUGUGAAACGAUACAAGCAAACACCACUUACCAUCGCCGCCUCGCAUUACGACGUAGCGAUGGUGAAGUAUCUUCUCAGUGUAGGAGCUGUGCGCAAAGAACCGGAACCUCGCCACGAUGCAUUUCAAAUCGCCUUGGCCGAUCACCAACCUUCUAUGAUAAUAUCUCUUCUCAAGAGCGGCAUCACAUUCGCCGAAUCUCACACACUACCUGAGAGGACGUUGGAGAUCGCCGUGGCGCAAGGGAACGUGGAACUUGCUGAGAUUUCGCUCCGGGCAGGUGCGGACCCCAAUGCCGAAGAGCAUUGCGUCCGGUGCGCAGACUACCAAGAAGACCUGCCGCCCACAACUUAUGGGACACUGUUCCAGUGGGCGUGUGCUUCCGGCGACAUAGACAUGGUGCAGACGUUUCUCGACCACGGCGUCGAUUUCGAUAAACCACUACAGUCAUGGGCGAACUGGCGGUACGAAAAGCCGGUCUACGUCGCUUGGUCGUGCGGGCAUUUGAAUGUCGUUCGAAUGAUCCUGGGGUACUACGACGAGAUCGAACUCGUGCAGUUCACCUGCUACGUUGUGCAAAAAGGCCAUUUCUUCAUGUUUGAGCACUGCAUGGAACACGAAGCUGUUCGGAAGCAAGCCUCGUGGCUCUUGAAGAAAUGCUUAUCUAGUCUACACAGUAUGAGUAACGCGAAAUCGUUUCCGUCCUCGACUGGUAAGGGGCAUGUGUUGAUUAUAAAGGCUCUCAUCGGGAUGGGGGCGUGGUUGCCUUCGGAUAAGACGUGGCAUUUGUCGAAUGCCGUGCUGUCCUGGCUGGGACACAAGUCAUUGGAAGACUUUCUCGCGAAUUGCACCUCAAUGGAAAUUCCUCGUCGAGAUUUGUGUGCUGAGGAAGUGAGACGGAGGGCGUUUUGGGGAUCCAAGGAUAGCGGUUGGUAA